AAGUGCCGUGAGUUGAUGCAGAAGCUGAUGGCUACUGAGGCUGCACGAUUCCUCCAGGCCGUCUGGCGGGGCCGAGGUCCACGCAAGGCACUCAAAGCCUUAAAGGACAUUGAGCGCGCCAAGUUUGAGGCCACCAAGCGCCGCUUGGCGGAGGCAGCUGAGAAGAUUGCCAGGAACAAGGAGCGAGAGCGCCUGGCAGCGAGACUGAAGGAGAUCUCCGCCACGGACUCUUGGCCGUUCGAGUUGCGGUACAAUCUGCUCUUCAGCUGUCAGGAUCCAUCAUCAGCACAGGUGAGUUUUCUCGUCUCUGUGACGUCCGAUCUCAAAGGCACACCAACCAUUGAGCUGUAG